CUCUCACUCCUGCAAUCCUCGAACUCUACCUACAGUACACCCAAGCCCUACUUCUAAGCUCCCCAAACAACGCGCCCCUUCACCUAACAAUGUCUGACAUCGUUUCCAACCCGCCAACUCAAGCAGGUGCUGAGUCAAAGAGUGCUCGCAAGAAGAAGGCCAAGGCUGCAGCAGCUACACCCGCGACCGCGCCUGGAAAGACGACCUCGGAAAUCAGCUCUUCUUCACCGGCCGCGGAGAAGCUCAAUGGAACCGACGCGAACGUGGAGAGCCAAUAUGUCAAGGACCUCCAACGAUCUAUCCGAAGCACCCAAAAAAAACUGAAUCUGAUGCAAAAGGUGGACUCUGUAAUCGCAGAAAACCCCGACGUAUCCCUCGACGAUCUGGUUGCUUCCCGCAAAAUCAACAACGACCAAAAGGCACAGGCGCUGAAGAAACCCGGCCUCCAAGCUCAGCUCGCUCAGUACGAAGAGCAGCUUACCCAGUUCAAGAAGUUCGACGCCGAAUACAAGCAAAAGGUGGCAGCAGAGAAGGAGGCUCUACAAUCUGCACACAAGGAGGAAUUGGAGAAGCUACGCGAGACCCUGAAGGCGGAAGCGGCGGCCGAGGCGCACAAGGCGUUCAAGGACCGCUUCUUGACCCUCUCACGAUUCCUACGCGCGGCUGCUGCCAGGCGCCAGCUCGAGGACGACGACACUGAUGUCACCAAGGCAUUUGAGGGCGCGUUGCUUCUGGUGUAUGGUGGUGAUGCAUCAGCAGUCUCGGCGGCCGAGAAGCUGAUUGAAGGCACUGAAGACAAUGUUCCCUCCACCGAGGGUGCGGCAUUGAAUGUCACCUACGCCGAAAUCAAACAGGCCGCUCUCGACGAGGCUCCUUUCGCAGCCGAAGAGGCGUGGGUCGAGGACGUUGCACAGUCGCAGGCUGCAGCGGCGGAUUCGGAGGCCACCCACCCUAUAUCGACCGACCCUACAAUUGCGCACGCGGGAUUGACGGAGCUGGACACUUCGGGCACUAUUACAAACGGCGAAACUGAGGUGCUCGAUACUCCUAACGCGCCAGCUGCAUCUAGCAUUGAUGCUGGUGCUGCUAAUGCGGCUGCGGACGAGCAGUGGGACAAGCAGGCCUCCGCUGUUUCGGACGACCCUCUCACCGAGUCGUUCGAGAUGAUUCCCCGCGACCCUGCCGAGACUGAAUCACCGGCAGUAGCGGCACCGAACAACAGCACGCAGAGCUGGGCUGAUGACACCCCGGACGCUACCCCAGCAGCUCCUGCGAACGGCAACGACGGAUUCCACGAGGUCCAACACCGUGGCAGGGGCCGAGGAGGAUUUCAAGGCGAGGGCCGCGGUGGUGGCGGAUAUCGCGGACGUGGUGGACGAGGAGGAGAAGGCCGGGGCCGAGGACGUGGCCGUGGAGAGGGAGGCUUUCGCGGCGGACGCGGUCGUGGUGGAUUCAGGGGCGGAGAACGUGGCGGCGCGCCACAGUAAGUCAGUCACUUCGAAGCUUGCCUCUCCCACGCUAUCGGCGGAAAGGGGGGGAUCGCAUCUGGUUGACUAGGUUCAUCGACCCGAAUUGUGGCGCAUGUGGAAGGGGUCGUCAGUUGGGUUUCCGAUAGGUUUUGUGGUUUCUUCUUCUGCUUCCCACCAUGUCCAAGCAUUUUGAGCGGUUG